GUUUAUUGUUCCGCAACAAGAGCAUCAAGCUGCGACAUACGCUCACCGGCCUGCUCUUUGUCUCAGUUGUCUCUUCUUGUUACUUUUUUCUUCGCUGACUAAUGUAAGAAAUAAAAAUGUAUAGUGGCUGGGUUUGGGAGUCCGGGGGGCGCAAGAAUAAGGGUGGAAUGUCCGCCCCGGAGCCGAAAGCGGCGCCCGCGUACAGGCGCAUUAAACUGAAUACCAGCCAGAUUCGCUUCACGCAGCAGACCAUCAGUCGGGAUUUUACGGACAAAAAAUUCGGCCCAAUUCAAAACCUGAUCGACAAGCUGAAGAGCGCGAGCCCGAAGGAUCCGGACACGGUUUUGAAGGGCAACAUUCUGGAAGUGGCACGGCACCCAUCUGCGGCACCCGGAUCCGAACCCGUCUACUAUGCGCUCACAAAUAGGCGCGCCCUGGCCUACAUCGUGGCCCGGCCCGGGGAGGAGGUCAACGCGAAGGAGCUGGUGGACGAGCACAAGCUGCAGCACGAAUUUCAGUUCCGCUUUUCCAGCGUGAGUUAUUGCGAGGAAAAACGUCCCCGCCCCGUAGUCAAGUUGGGAAAUCUGCAAGACAAAUGAAGAAGCUUUGGCUGUUGCACAUGAGUAAUUUGGGCUCGUCGUAGUAUCGUCGUGUUUAGCUAGUGCAGCAGCGUUACAGAUCCAGCUUAUCAUUCUGAUUUGAGCAUAACAAAGCUCAGGGCACCACUAUCAACAUGAGGCUCCGCAUGAGAAACAUUCUCAGCGUCCAAAUUUGCAUAUACAGCAUGCAGCAUGGCAAACAUGUCUGGGUCUGGAAACCUGUGAUGCAAGGAAGGGAGUAGUGAGAAAACUGUAAUGCGCUUCCAAGCAUGACACGCUUCUGAGUUCGUUGCGUACUUCGCAUGAGAAACUGCGUUUUUCCAUGACCAGCAAGAGGGGCUCUUCGCGGCCACGCAAUACCAACUUCGGAGUCAUGCCAGAAUAGCAUGUGCAUGACAAAUGUCGCAAUCUCCCAGACCUACACAUUUUUGCAUUUGGUGAUGGGGUGGAGACGUUUUUACACGGGAUAUGAGUGAUGGGCUGUUCAUAACCCUGACGGACAAGGGCCACAAGACCAACCUGCAGCAGCGGUUUGGAAAUACGAGCGUCUACGAGAGAUUUGUGCCGUUGCACCCGUACGACGGCCCGGCGGUGAGCGAUAAAAUUGGCGACCUGGUAAAGCGAUAUCAUCUCGUUGAUUUCAGUCUGACGCAGCACCUCCCGGGGAAAAAUUUUGACACUUUUUGCGUGCAAAGACCGACGCUGCCGGGGCCCGCUGCUAAGCACUCGCAGGAGUUGCCGGGCGGACAGGUGGGAGACCUUGUGGCGCACAUAGUCGGCCGCACUGAGCAGGAGGUAAGCGCUUGCGGCAGUUUGCUCUACGAGGCGUAUUCGCGGCGCCGAAUGGAAGCCGGCCCGUCUCGGGCCGCGGCGCUCGUAGACGCCCUGCGUCCGGAGCAUGUCGGGGGAGUGCAGCCUCUGACCCUCGCGACCGUCGCGGCUUUGUCCGCCGAACCGGAACACAGCACGACUGGUGUGGCGGCUUCGCUUUUUUCGUCGACCCGCGCGACUGGCUCACAUGGUAGAAACGGUUUUCUUGGUGAGGACAUCGACGCAUCGUGUUCAGGGACUGAAGCAGGCACAAAGCGGCGAAGGCUCAGCCUCACUACAGCAUCACACCAGGUGGGCAACAGCCGCCGAACAUCACCGACCUCAUGUGAUAGAGUUCUCCCGUUUCCGUACAUCGCGCCGGGGCUUCACGGGAUGCGUCCACCGCAGCGGACCACUUCGACAAGCGCGCAGCAAUACGUACCUCGGAAUGCGCUUCCAAAAAAAAAUUGGAAAGUAGCGCGGACCGGGGUGGUGAUGCGUUCGAGCAAGUGCCUGUCCUCUAAGCAGUUAGGAGUGCUCGCCGAAGGGCAAACCGUCGAGCAAAUGGGUCCUGUCGAGUUCGAGUUCGGCGAGUUCGAGUCCGGCUGCGACGGCUUCGUCAAACGCAUGCCCAUUCGCUUGCCAGCAAACCGACUGCCUGUAGGCUGUGGAAGUAGCACCGCAAAACCGCCGACGUGGACAGUUUUUGGCGAGCUAGCCGCCGCGGAAGCGGAGAUCUUAUGGGAGGAGCUAGAAAAGGAACACGUCCCAGCAACGCGAAAACUGGUGGAGGUGAAAACAUUUUUGAAGAACCGCGAACAAAACGAAGAUGCACGCGUCGCCGAGGGCGGCAAGAUCGGCGAUGCGCUUGUGCGGAGGUUUGCAAGGAUUGUGGGAGAGAGGAGCGCCAAAACCAUUCUGGACUGGUAGACACUCUUUAUGGGGCGCUGUUGUUUGUCUUUCUGUUGUUCUAGCCAGUGUAGCACUCGCAUGCAGAAACGUACACAGUCUGUUUAUUCAUGCAAGAGCAUUUUAUAAUGAUGGGGCUCACUAGCAAGCGACAGUGGAUGCUUCUAAUUUUUUACAGGUGUCUGCACUUGGUCCGAGACAUACGGCAGGCAAGCAAAGAAAUGGAGCCAGGCCCAUUGUCGGAGGGAAAGAGCGGGAAGCGGGGCGAACCUCUUCUGCCGCACACGCUAGGCUGGGUAUAGUUCCCAUACUUGCUUAUCAUGCCCCGUUUUCUUUGUGGUCAAUACAUAGCUCAGAGGUGCUUGUCAGUUACGCAGCAAGAAGCAAUAGUGCCUCCAGGUACCGUAUGCAGUGCAUGAAACCAGUUCCGGUUUUGAGGCCUUGCGCGCUGUGUGCGCGAUAGUUCUUCUUGCGCAGAGGCUCGACUCUUGUUGACAAAUGCACUAUAAUCAUCUUGGCACUCCAAGCACUUUAUAAAUAUCAAGGUGACACUGUCUGCCGAAAAUGCCGGCGGCCCGAAGUACUUUGUUGAAGUACCCGGUGGAGAGAAAGGGGCGGAGAGUCCGACACGAGGUAGAAGCACGAGCAGACGAAGGAGACGCUCCGCGCAAGCAAGGAAGCCUGCACGACGAAACAGCGCGCCCUCGAGCUCCAGCAGAAGUCUCUCGCGCGUUCGUGCGAGCGUCCCGAUCUCUUCGGACGAAGAUUAUUACGGGCGCCGUGUUCGGGGUGUCGAGUCACGAUCGGGGCGAAGAGGAGAAAAACGGCGGCGCAGGAGCAACGCAAGUAGACAGCGACGUAUUACAGUGAAAAAUGCUCCCGCCCCAGGACUUGGCAGGAUUCGUAUUGCAAACCUUUCCAAUAGAAACGCUCCCCGUCUUGCAUAUAAAUAUGUAUCAGCAACAUCACAGAUUUCCAUGCUGAAUAGCUCAAAUAUGUGUUGCAAAGAAGCCCAACAGCAGGCGGGUCUGUCAUGCAAAAGAUACCUUUUGCGCCAGAAAGACUCAUAUAGUCCUUUCAUGCAAGACAUAAAGCUUUCACUUGGAAUCGGAAAAUUCUCAUGAGAAGCUUCUGCUAAUCGGGAUGGGUGCAUUUUUCAUUGUAAUACGACGUCACUACAGUCGUUCAAGAGUCUCAUCAUCAUCGAGUUCGCCACAGCGACGUCGAACACCGCGAGCGAAAAAGAAGAAAAAGGAAAAACGCAGGCACCGGAAUCGGAAAAAAGAGAAAAAAGCGAGAGCCAUCAAUAAAAGUCGGGCGCGGUCGUCAUCGCCCGAAUCGGAUGGAAUCAAGUUUGGGCAGUGCGUGGGAGGUGGCGAAUACCGGCCCGGUCGCCCUGCAGCCGCAUCGAUUGAAGAUUUGGAAACGCCGCGAGCCUUCCCUUCGGCUACUUCCAACGCGACACCAUCAGAGGACAUCACGCCGUUGGGCGAAGACCAUGCUGCUGCGAAAAGUCUCCCGGCAGAACAGCAGCUUACCACCGAAGCAGAAAGUAUCUCCACCAAGGCCGAGUUUGACAAUGCGCGCAGCUGUGUAGACGAGUACCGCGAGAACUGUGGCGGCUUCACCGAUUUGCUUGAUGUGGCAGAGCGCGCAGCGCGCCGACUCGAGGGGCCGGCUUCGCGAAACGACGCACAGAUGCGGAUAUCUCGCACCUCGACCCUUAUGGCAGAUAUUCAAGGCAUUUCGGACCGUCUUCACGACCUUCAUCGCGAAAUGAGCACCGCGGUGGCGUUUUUGACAUGCGGGAAGGACACGGCAGAGGAAAGCUUCGAGCAGCUCAAAGCAGAUUUUUUGACGUUCGACCAGGAGUUCCAGGCGCAAGCGGUGCGAACGUCUCAGAUAAUCUCGGCUCUUGAUGAGGGGAUUAAGAAGCUGCGUGAGAUGUGAUUUGAUGAGAGAUGAAGCAACUCUGUCUGUGAAUGUUCUUGCAAUUUUCGCUGGCUCUUUUCUGGACGUUUCCAUGGGGCGAAGCGCGAAACGGAUUCGCGUGGUUUUUAUACAUACAAACAAUCAUUCCGCGUGGACGUCGACACAGCUUUGUUACAGGAUCAGUUCGAGCUCUCUUCGCAUCAAAGAUCAUGCAGCCUGCUACCUACGUGUAGCAUCUGGUGAGCAGAGCCGAGUGGGCCCGACGACUAUGUUUGAAAAAACAGAACUUCUG